AUGGUUGAUAUGUCACACCCUCAAAACUUACGUCGUCAAGUCCACUACGAUGCCAAACCCUCAAUUUUCCCAACUCACAAACACAGGGUAGAGUCCUCCCUUUCCUCCUCCACCUCUCUCAUCCACACUUACGACACUGUCUUCCAUGGCUUCUCCGCUAGACUCACUUCUUCUGAAGCUCAACAACUCAAAACUCUCCCCCAUAUCAUUGCUCUCAUUCCUGAACAAGUUCGCCACCUUCACACUACUCGUUCUCCUCAGUUUCUGGGCUUAAAAACCUCCGACAGUGCCGGCCUGUUGAAAGAAUCUGACUUUGGUUCCGACCUCGUUAUCGCUGUCAUUGACACCGGUAUUUGGCCCGAAAGACAAAGCUUUAAUGACCGAGAUCUCGGUCCUGUCCCCGCCAAAUGGAAAGGCCAAUGUGUCACUGCUAAAGACUUCCCAAGUUCGAGUUGUAAUAGAAAAGUAAUCGGUGCCAGGUUUUUCUGCCAAGGCUACGAAUCGACUAAUGGGAAAAUGAAUGAAACCUCCGAGUUUCGGUCUCCCCGAGAUUCGGACGGUCAUGGAACCCACACAGCUUCUAUAGUUGCUGGAAGGUACGUGUUUCCAGCUUCUACUUUGGGCUACGCACGUGGGCUUGCAUCAGGUAUGGCGCCAAAAGCUAGACUUUCUGUUUAUAAAGUGUGUUGGAAUGCUGGCUGUUAUGAUUCCGAUAUUUUAGCUGCUUUUGAUAGUGCUGUUUCGGAUGGUGUUGAUGUUGUUUCGUUAAGUGUGGGCGGUGUUGUUGUUCCUUAUUAUUUGGAUGCUAUAGCUAUAGGGGCUUUUGGUGCUUCUGAUCACGGAGUUUUUGUUUCUGCUUCUGCUGGUAAUGGUGGCCCUGGUGGGUUAACUGUUACCAAUGUUGCUCCUUGGGUUACUUCUGUUGGUGCUGGUACUAUUGAUAGAGAUUUCCCAGCUGAUGUUCAUUUGGGAAAUGGGAAAAUUGUUCCUGGAGUUAGUGUUUAUGGUGGGCCGGGUUUGGGUGGCCCUGAGAAGAAGUAUUCUUUAGUUUAUGCAGGGAGUGAAGAGGGUGAUGGCUAUUCAGCUUCUUUGUGUUUAGAAGGGUCUCUGGAUCCUAAAUAUGUUGAGGGGAAACUUGUUUUGUGUGAUAGAGGGAUAAAUUCUAGAGCUGCUAAAGGUGAGGUUGUGAAGAAAGCUGGUGGAAUUGGGAUGAUUUUAGCUAAUGGGGUGUUUGAUGGGGAAGGAUUAGUUGCUGAUUGUCACUUGUUACCGGCUACUGCGGUCGGUGCUUCAGGUGGUGAUGAGAUUAGGAAGUACAUUUCAGAUGCUGAGAAAGCUAAAUCACCUGCAAUAGCAACUAUUGUCUUUAAGGGGACUCGAGUUAACGUGAAGCCAGCUCCGGUGGUGGCCUCUUUCUCAGCUAGAGGGCCUAAUCCAGAGUCCCCUGAGAUUUUGAAACCUGAUGUGAUAGCUCCUGGACUGAAUAUACUCGCAGCUUGGCCGGAUAAAGUUGGACCAUCUGGGGUUCCUUCUGAUAUGCGGAGAACUCAGUUCAAUAUACUUUCUGGAACUUCAAUGGCUUGUCCACAUGUUUCUGGUCUUGCUGCUCUGUUAAAGGCGGCGCACCCUGAAUGGAGCCCUGCAGCAAUAAGAUCAGCAUUGAUGACAACUGCUUAUACGGUUGAUAAUCGUGGUGACACAAUGCUUGACGAGUCCACCGGCAACACUUCUACUGUGUUAGAUUUUGGAGCUGGUCAUGUUCACCCCCAAAAGGCUAUGGAUCCUGGUUUGAUUUAUGAUAUAUCUUCCUAUGAUUAUGUGAACUUCUUGUGCAAUUCAAAUUACUCGGUUACUAAUAUCAAAGUGAUCACAAGGAGAAGUGCAGAUUGCAAAGGGGCCAAAAGGGCUGGUCAUGUUGGGAAUUUGAAUUACCCUUCUCUGUCUGCAGUGUUCCAACAAUAUGGUGAGCAUAAGAUGUCUACACAUUUUAUUAGGACUGUGACUAAUGUUGGGGACCCAAAUUCGGUUUACAAAGUCGUAAUCAGGCCACCAAGUGGCACGCAGGUGACAGUCCAGCCGGAGAAACUUGUGUUUAGGAGGGUGGGACAGAAACUGAAUUUUCUUGUUAGGGUUGAAGCCAUGGCAUUUAAGCUCUCUCCAGGGAGCUCUAGUGUGAAGAGUGGUCACAUAAUGUGGACAGAUGGGAAGCAUAAUGUCACUAGUCCCUUAGUUGUGACAAUGCAGCAACCUCUCUAGUUUUGUGUGAUAGGGUUUAUGGGUUUUAGGAAUUUUGCCUUCCUUUUUUAUAGGUUUAUAAAUUAUCUAUCUCUCUCUUUAAAAAUGUAUAAUGAGAAUGAAUGUGUUAUGGUGUUUUCUAUAUCAGAAAGCAGAUGGACUGAAAAAGAAGGGGAAAUAUGUUGUAUCUUUGUUGUAAGUUGAAGAAUCAACAAUGUGGGGUAAAAAUCCUUGUGUGUGAAGUGAAGUAGCCAAGUAUAGUGAAAAAGGUCUGUCUUUUUCAAGUUUUAAUAUAUAAGAAUAUUUCUUGGUGUUUUCUUCAACUGAAACUGUUGUGUUGUUGAAAA